AUGGACGAAGAAGAGAGACCGAGGAAGCUUGCGAAGCUUGAGCACGACGACGAAGCUAUCCACGAUGAACUUGGCCUCGCCAUGACCGGUGCUUUGGCUGCGGCCGACGAGCAGCCGCAAACUGUCGCACCUACGAACGAUAACACACAACCUGAGCAAUCAGAGGCCCCCAAUGCCGACAAUGCGAUUCCAUCCAAUGACUCUGCGCUACCCGAGGGCACGGCUGCCGAAGGAGCCCCUCCAAAGAUGUCCAAGAACCAGAUGAGGAAACUUCGAAAGAAAGAGCAGUGGGAGGCGGGACGCGAGCAGCGCAGAGAAAAGCGCAGGGAACUCAUGGCAAAGAAGAAAGAGCGCCGUCAGCGUAUGGUCGAUGAGGCCAGAGAAGCUGGUGGCGAGGAAGCUGUCAAGGCACUCCGCAAGUCAUGGGAGACAACCCGUUCCCGGUCUCGGCGGUCGACUCUGCUGCCCUUGUCGAUUGUGAUUGACUGCGGCUACGACGAGUUGAUGAAUUAUGGCGAGCGCAUUUCACUCGCAGGUCAACUCACGCGCUCAUACUCGGAGAAUAGCCGUGCCAUGUGGCGAUCCCACUUGGUGUUCAGCUCGUUCAACAAGCAACUAAAGGAGCGAUUCGACACUGUCCUCGCACCCUAUCGCAACUGGAAGGGAAUUCGGAUUAUUCCCGAGGACUUCGUGCAUGCCUCCGAGCUUCUCAAGGAACAAAUGGCCUCCCCCAAAGGUGGCAAGCUGGUUGGGCCCUUUGCCGAGAAGUCCGAUGCCAAGCCGGAGGAUGGCGAGGUUAUCUACCUCAGCAGCGACAGUGAGAAUAUCCUGACGGAGCUGAAGCCCUACAGUACCUAUAUCAUUGGUGGUCUUGUGGAUAAGAAUAGGCACAAGGCAAUUUGCUACAAGUCUGCUGUUGAGAAGGGGAUCAAGACGGCAAAGCUACCCAUUGGCGAUUACAUUCAGAUGGCCUCCCGUCAGAUUCUGACUACCAACCAUGUGGUCGAUAUUAUGCUGAAGUGGCUGGAACUGGGUGAUUGGGGAGAGGCUUUCAUGAAAGUCCUUCCACCGAGAAAGGGCGGCAAGUUGAGGGAUCAGCCGGGCAAUGAGGCUGCAGAAGAGGCAACGGAUGACGAGCCUGAGGAGGAGCAGCAAACCCUGGAGGACAUUGCAAAUGAGAUGGAGGCUGAGCAAGCUGGAGGGGAUGACCAUGAAGAUGAAGAAGAUGCAUGA